CUACAUCUGUUCUUGUUUCUUUCACAGAAAUAUUUAUUUACAAAAGUACAAGUAUCAUGUUCAUUAUUAUGAUGAUCAAAAGUUCAUUGAGGACUACUCUGAGACAUUUCUACACUGGACUGUAGGCUGAUGAAGACCUUGCAUCAAUAUUGAGAGAGGUUAAGUCAGAGGUAGAAAGAAGGAAAAAUAGAGGGAAGGAACAUGUGAAGAGAUGUGAGAUGGUUCAGAAAUUAUAUCAAAGACUUGAUCCACCACUUUAUACACUGGAUGAGUCUUACUUUCAUUCUGAUUUUCUCAGAAUUACUAAGUAUUGUCGUGACGAGCUGUCUCCUACAAUGGAAGGACUCCUUCAAAUUAUAAGCAAAGAAGAAGCUUCACGAGUAUAUUCAUUUCCUGUCUUCACUGAUGAAUUCUGUAGACGUUUUCUUGAUGAGUUGGAUCAUUUUGAGAGGUUGGAUCUUCCUAAAGGACGUCCUAAUACAAUGAACAACACUGGGAUAUUACUGGCAGAAUUGGGAUUUGAUGAUCACUUCAUGAACAGAUUCAGGGAGCACUACCUUCAACCAUUGUCUGCUCUAUUGUAUCCUGAAUGGACUGGCUCUUCUGGACUAGACUCUCACAGAUCACAUAUUGUAACAUAUGAUGCCACUGGUCCUACUGAUAGAACUGAUGUUGGACUCUCAACUCAUUUUGAUAAUGCUGAAGUAACUCUCAAUGUAUCACUGGGUAAAGAGUACAGUGAUGGGGAAUUAUACUUUGGAGAAAUGAAAGGAGUUGUUGUUUCUAAUCCUCGUCUCUAUCCUUAUUAUCACAAGAUUGGUAGAGGAGUCAUUCACAGAGGACAGCAUAUGCAUGGUGCUAUGGACAUCACUGAUGGUACAAGGUACAACAUUAUUGUUUGGAUGAGAUCGUCUUCUGUGCGUAACAAACUUUGUCCACGUUGUGAUCAGUCACCAACUCUUAUACCAUUUGAAGGGUAUGGUGACGGGUUUACAAAACAAUAAUGA